UAACUAGUCGAAGACAUGUCUGCUGGUCUACAAAUCACUGGCUGGCCUGCACAUGAUUCUUCCAUCAGUUCAAUUCUGUUUGGACCAGAUGAGACUAGCAUUUUUAGCCUGGGCUCUGAUGGGAAGAUUUUUGAGUGGAGUUUGCAAAAUCAAGGUCAAAUCCUGUGGUCGAGAGACUCUAGUAGGUUCUGUUACCCCCUCAAUGAUUCAAAAUAUUGCAGACAUGAGAUGGCAUUAGAUGCAAAUGGGAGGAGACUCUUGGUAACAUCCAGUUCAUUUAGAGCACCCAUAUACCAGGUUAAUGAUUCGUGGUGAAUUGUGAUUAGACCAUU